GUCAUUGACCACUGACGCGUCCUUCCACCCGUUAGCUACAUAUUCGUCUCAACUACAUCCUCACUUACAUCGCAAUGCCUCCCAAAGCUGACUGGGAAAAGUGGGAAAAGAAGGCUGACGGCAAAGACGAGGAGAAGAUUGUCGCUCUUGAUGAUAGCGACAUUCAAAUCCUGAAGACAUACGGGCAAGGACCGUAUGCGGCGCAACUGAAGCAGAUAGAGAAUGAUAUAAAGGAAGUGCAGAAGCGAAUUAACGAAAAGCUUGGCGUCAAGGAGUCGGACACAGGUUUGGCAUCACCAAAUCUAUGGGAUCUCGCUGCCGACCGACAAAGGAUGGCUGAGGAACAUCCAUUGCAAGUCGCUCGCUGUACGAAGAUCAUUCCCAUGGACCCUAAAGCUGCUGAGGCUGCCCGCGCCGUGAAUCCAUUGGGGGGCUUGCAAGGUCAGAAAGGUGCUGACGAGCAAGACAAGUAUGUCAUCAAUAUCAAGCAGAUUGCGAAGUUUGUUGUUGGUCUGGGUGACCGCGUCGCCCCGACAGAUAUUGAGGAGGGCAUGCGAGUUGGCGUGGACCGUAACAAGUAUCAGAUCCAAAUACCGUUGCCUCCCAAGAUCGACGCUUCCGUCACGAUGAUGCAGGUAGAGGAAAAGCCGGAUGUCACCUACUCAGAUGUCGGUGGCUGCAAGGAGCAAAUUGAGAAACUCCGGGAAGUCGUCGAGACCCCUCUACUGCAUCCCGAGCGGUUUGUCAGCCUGGGUAUCGACCCGCCAAAAGGUGUUCUAUUAUAUGGUCCUCCCGGAACUGGCAAGACUCUGUGUGCUCGUGCUGUCGCGAACCGGACAGAUGCGACAUUCAUUCGAGUUAUCGGAUCAGAGCUUGUGCAGAAGUAUGUCGGUGAGGGAGCUCGGAUGGUAAGAGAACUGUUCGAGAUGGCUCGGAGUAAGAAGGCCUGCAUCAUCUUCUUCGAUGAAGUUGAUGCCAUUGGUGGUGCCCGUUUCGAUGAUGGGGCCGGAGGCGAUAAUGAAGUUCAACGGACCAUGCUUGAAUUGAUCAACCAACUGGACGGCUUCGAUCCCCGAGGAAAUAUUAAAGUCCUCAUGGCAACCAACAGGCCUGAUACUUUGGAUCCUGCUCUGCUGCGGCCUGGUCGUCUUGACCGGCGCGUCGAAUUUUCGCUUCCCGACGUGGAAGGUCGUGCACAUAUUCUUCGCAUACAUGCUCGAAGCAUGAGUGUCGAGAGGGACAUCCGAUUCGACCUCAUUGCUCGUCUAUGCCCGAACACGACUGGUGCUGAGCUCAGAUCUGUUGCUACGGAGGCCGGUAUGUUCGCCAUCCGGGCUCGUCGGAAGGUUGCCACAGAGCGGGAUUUCUUGGACGCCGUAGAGAAAGUCGUCCGCCAGGGAACGAAGUUCUCUUCUACCCCCCUUUACCAGGUGUAUAACUAGAUCGUUCGCAUGUAUCAUAUAUUUAGUUCGGAUUCAUGGCAUCGCUUUCGUUUGAAGUCUUGCGUCUGACUGCAUGCGCCUUCACCCUCUGAAGGAUCUGCCGUAACGUUCCUGGGUUCA